CGACAGCACGCUGAUCAGCAGACUUCUUAGCCAUGGCACCAAAGAGGGCUCGUUCUCGUAGUAGAAGUGCAAAAUCACCUGUGCGCAGGGUAGCUGGCGGUGUUACCAAGAGAAGAACUAAGAGAGCCGCCAGACCAAAAUCCCGAGUCAGAAAAGCAGCCAAAGCCGUGGCUAAGAGGGCACGCUCUAGAUCGGGUCGUCGCCGUAGCCGUUCAAAAUCUGCCCGUCGCGCCCGUCGUAGUCGCUCCAAGAAGGCUGCAGCAGCUGCAGCAGCAGCAGCAGCUGAAGAAGUGGCUGCAGCAGUAGCUCCCGCUCGAAAAAGGAAAGCCCGCUCUGCAUCCAAACGUAGAGGACGAUCUGCUUCUAAGCGAUCUCGCUCAAGAAGCAAGAAACGUGCCCGCUCCGCCAGCAGGAAGAGGCGUGGCCGUUCAGCUAGCAAGAGAAGACGUGCCCGUUCUGCAAGUAAACGUGGCCGUUCCCGCAGCGCCAGACGUUCCCGAUCCCGCAAGGCCAGUAAAGCACGCUCCAAGUCCCGCAGGCGCCGCUCCCGCUCCCGUAAAGCAAGCAAGGCACGCAGGGCUCCACGCAGAGCUCGCAAAGCUCCUGCACGCAGAAGAAGAAGAAGAAGAGCAAGAAAGAGCGCAUGA